AUGAGUUGUCCGGCCUCCUCCCUCCCUCCGGCCGACCAACUGCAUUCACCCUCCCUCUGCCCAGCACUCCCCCGGCCACCGAGCCAGGCUGCCAGCCACAGACCGAACAGCCCACCCGAGCCCCCCGCCAGCCGCAGAGAACCCUCCCCGGGUAGCCCCCCCUCUGCCAGCAACAGUCGAAGCGCUUCCUCUCGACUCUCGAGCGACUGCGAGCCUCCCGAGAACUCUCCAGCUGAUCCAUCCUGCCCUCUCCCCAUCCAGUCUCCGCCCCCAGCCACCACUUCGACAAGCACCCGAUCCGCUGGUAACUAUCAUCAGCCUCCGUCUCAUCAGCUCAAUAGCCCUCACCACCACCACCCCCCCCAUCUGCCGCCCCCCGCUGCCCAAGGCCCCCCGCUGCCCCAUCCAUCCGCCUCGGCUCACCACGCCCUCCACCACCCACAGUAUCGUCUUCCCCACGAAGAGCCCCGGAAAAUCGUCGGCUUCAAACGUAAAUCAUCAGCUUCGCCGCCUCCUGAACACCGUCCAGAGCACAGCAGCCACAUCCUCCAGCCCUCCGAACCCACCAAUCGCCGCACCUCUUCCGCCUGGCCCCCCCCACCCACACACUCCCCCGCGAAUCAUCACUUGAAUCAGUUGAGCAUCAUCAAUCAAACCACACACCCUCUCUCGGCUCUUGGCCACCUGCUAACCAUCCUACCCAACCCCAGCUCCCAGGCUUAUCACCAUCCGAGCUACUUGUCGAACCAUCCCCAAAACCACAAGCCCCCAUCCUCUGAAGCAUGUGAAUUAGUACCAUCCAGUCUGGCCGGCCUCCUCUCCAACCAUCCUGGCCCUCCAAACCCUUCUUCAACCGCACCUCGCCAAGCAGAUGGAACAGCCGAAUCAUCAAUCUUAAGGAGGGAUCCCAACCGAAGCAGACCACGACCUACGAUCAACAAACCCUCCACCUCACAAGCCAACCCUCAAACCCACCAGCCCUCAACACCCCUCUCAUCCGCCUCUCAUCAACGCCCCCCAAGUGCCGAACAGCAGUGGUCGUCUCACCAUCGAUCUUCCGCCGGCCUUUCACCUCAGCUUUCCCGCAGCACGAUGUUAUCGACGCUUGAUCCCGCCGAGACUCCAACUCGGUCAACCUACAGCAAGCCAUCCACACCACUCACCGCCAAUCAACCCCUACCCGAGCGUGCCCACCCAGGCUAUGGACAUCCCUACCGCUCUGAAAAUCCUCAUCCCGCCGGAUCCAACGACACCCAUCACACCCGUUCCCCUGCCGUCUACUACCACUCCUAUCCUACCCAUCGCCAGCCCCUUCAUCCUCAACAACACCACUCACCCGUAUACCCGCACGAUCACCGACCCGAACUGCAUCUCCGGACUAGCUUUGCCCACCAGGCAAGCCAACACUCCAGUCUUUCUACUCCCGACGGUCACACCCUCCCGACCCAAUCUCCCUCCCGUGCAGAUCCCGAUUCGAAGCACUCCUAUCGGCACCCGCACCAUCAAAGUCCGUCCUACGAACAUCAGUUCCUGCAUCCUUCCCAGAAUCGACCUCAGCAUCCCGAUACAUCUCGCCCCUCUCCCUCCAUAUCCAACAGCUCGCUGCCCUACCAAGCAUCCCGUCCCGCGACCUCUUCCAGCAGUCAGAAUGCUCAACACAUGUCCAUGAGUUUGCCGCCUCAACAGAUUCGACAUCCUCACCAUGUCGAUUCACCCACCACCUCACCCGAUCGGCCGCGACUCUAUCAGCCAGAGCCUCGAAGGAUCACCCUGACUUCCCCCGAUCUCCAACUUCAACUCUCACCUCGCCAUCAAAAUGCUGAUCUAUAUCCCUCCCAAGCCACGCACGAAAGGCUCAGUCAGCAAGCAAUAUCUUCAGCGCACCCUCUACGCUCCUCUCAUCUACACUCACAUCCAUCUGCUCAUCUAUCUGACGAUCCCCAUUUCAGCUCGCCCCGUCAAGUUGACCGCCUUCCUGAACAGCUCCACUCAUCUGCGCAAGGACCCCCCCGCCACCGAAGCUCGCGCUCAACAGAUCUAUCCAAUCAGCCUCAGCCCUCUCGUCAGCCGCGCCCCCAGCCCGUGUACAUGCACGAACUUUCUCCCAGGUUUCAGACCGCGCAUGGUCACCCUACACAAGCAGAAUCUAGUUUCCACCGGAACGAAAAUCCACGCUCCCACCAGUCCUACAAUCAUGAGCCCGAGCAGUCUCCUCGGGCGAGAUUCCCGCCAGACCGACCGGCUGGUGAUCAAGCCCGAUUUUCCCAGCCAUUGCCUGAAAAUAUCACAACCCAACACGCAACCUAUCUCCGUCGAGAGCCGUUAGCCAGCCCGAUCACCAUGCAGCACCCUUCCUAUCCCAGUCCUUCACAGAGACAGCAGUUAUCGACACAUUACGAAUACCCGCAGCAUCCGAGCACAGCCCAACAGCGCCAACCAACACAGAUGGAACCCCCUUCGAAACAAAUCCUGAACUCCCCUGACGGCCGCUCAAGAAUUGUAUCUUCUCACCCAGCUCAGCAGGAGUCCCAUCAGCAAAAGAAAAAUGGCGUGGUAAGUAACCAUCCUCGGCGGCCUCUCAAAUCCGGUAAAACAGAGAAAGUGCACGAGCUCUCCAAUGCAGGAAAUUCACAGUCAAGGCCUCAAGCCGGAGCGCACAUCGUCGAGACUCAACUCAGCUACGCCGACGCAUCAACAGCCUCCUCGUCGAGUAAUCCUGGAACAAGCCGCCAGAAGCCUUCCAAAUCAUCACCUAAGGCUUCUCAGUUCGAACGGCCAAGAUCUAAAGGUUUACCGAGCGUUGGACCAUCAACCCAUCCAAGGCCGGUCCCGCAACCCGGACCUUCGACAGAAGCUAAGAAACCGAAGCUUUCGCCCCUACGACGCCCUUCCUCUCCUGCUUCCAAGUAUCCUCCUCCGGCUCAGGACAAACAGAAGGAUGCGGCCGCCGACGUCUCCCCUGAAUCAACCCGACCCAAAGUUGCGCGCCGAACUACGGUCAGCAAUGCAGAUCGCGAGUCAUCAACAGAGCCAUCCAGCACUGGAGAUGGGGCAGACGAAGUGGCAGAUGACGGAGUGAUCAGGUGCAUCUGCUCCGUUACCACCGACGACGGGUUCACUAUUCAGUGCGAGACAUGUGAGGUUUGGCAGCAUGCAGUCUGCGUCAACGUGCCGAUUGAUGAGGUUCCAGAGCACUACUUUUGUGACAGGUGCGAUCCCUCUCCUGAGCGCAGAAAGCAACUCAUCCAAAUGGCCUCCCGGGCCGAGCAAAUACAGCGGCAGAGACUCAAGAAAGAAGCGGACACUCGAUCACGGAACCCGCCAGCUGACGACAACUCUGUCACCCCAGGCUCUCCCAGUCUAUCUACCCAGGCAGGCGCAAAUGAUUCCGAAUCAUUGGUUGACUCGCCUGCCGCUAGCAUUGCGAUGAGCAGGGUAAGUAGCGGAGUUUGCAUUAACGAAUCUGCACAGGGCGAACCUUCUGGACAAAGUCCGACCGGCAACGCGAAAGGCAAGGGUAAGGCAACCUCUGCGGGUCACCUUGACAAACUGCCAACAACAUCCUAUCCCGAUAAUGGACUAGGCUUGUCCGGCCUACAAGAAAGUCUCUCAUCAAUGCCUGCCCCGCGAAUUGACGCUUCGGCCGUGCCAAAGGACUCGAUUCCUCGCAAACCUGGGCGCAAGCCGACGAAAUUCGCCCAACCCAAGCUGAAUUCCUCGAAGCAACCCCUCGACCAAGUAGCUUCUGGUUCGAAUACUGCCAAUGUGGUUGAAACUGACCACACUGCGUCAGCUCCGAACGGUGCAGACGCGGAUGAUAGAUACGAGGCCUGGCGUUAUGAGUAUACACCAACACUGAAGGAUCUUUACAUGGAUGCGGAUGUCAAAUCUCAGGUUCAGCAGCUAAUUACGCAGUACUUGAGAAUCCAAAGCUUGUCCGAAAAGGACGUCCCGGUUGGUCCGGAUGCGGAGGUGCCCGGUCAAGAAGUCGAAUCUGCCGAAAGAGCCGCUGUCGCGGCUUCUACCAAACCACUCUCGACUUCAACAGAACCCUGCAAGUCGCCCCUUCAAGUCCUCGAUCAUUUGACACAAACCACCGACACGCCUGUCAAGUCUCAACGUGCCGUGCCUCACGCCUUCGCCAGCACACAGUUCCUUCCAGUCACAAUGUCCGAGCUUCCGCCACCCCCGAAACUGACGAUCAAGGCCAUCCCGCCGUCUAAUAUCAACUUUUUCCCAUCAUUAGCUACCAGCCCGUUUUGCCCCACCUUCUCUAACUCGCUCAACAAUUCGUCGACGUCCUCGCUACCGCGAUUGAUCACUCACGGCGUUUUCAGCACCCAGCCCAUCUCUCGCGGCAGCUACAUCGCUUCCCUCAAAGGCUCGAUCACCUCGAUGAAAAAAUACACCGAGGAUAUCUAUAACCAAUACACAAGUCUUGGUUGCAACAAGCCUUACGUGAAAUUCUUCAGGUCUACGCAGUUAGAGAAACGGCUUCUUCGGGACCCCGAUUCGGCACACAUCGACGACGGACUCGUGAUUGACAGCCGACAGUAUGGCAACGAGAUGCGGUUUAUCCGGAACGGCUGUCAUCCCAACGCGUUCAUCAACAUCAUCAUGACCCCUCAGGCUCCUCGCUCCCAUGACCCCGAACUUGCUAGCGGACCUGACUUAUCUCGGAGUGCAACGCCAUCUGGUCGCUCGUGCGCUUUUCCUACGCCAGGGUUGGAUCGUCAUCAUCACUCGAAUAACCUUUGGUCUACCGCCGAUUGUGAACAGCCGUUGCCGUGGGAAGUAUCGUUCGGAAUCUUCGCCGCCAGUGACAUCUCUCGCCGCGAAGAAAUCAUAUUGCCCUGGGAGUGGGACGAUCAACACCUAGUCCAUCUCUUGCCUCGAUUACUCAGCCAUUCCAGCACCUUCGAAGCUCAACAACAAAGGAGCCCCACUUUGCCUCCUGUUCGGGUCCAGUUUCUGCCUUGGUCCCGCAGCGAUCUCAAGUUACUGAGCUGCAAAUUAGCCGCCGUGACGCUGACAUUCUUCGGGCUGAUGUUCUGUGGAUGCGAGCGAAAGAAAAGUUGCGCUGUCAAUCUGAUGUGGAAGAUCGGGUGCUUGAGCGCAGGCGAGCCGAUGUUUCCGUCUAACCAAGACGGUUGUCUCGAUAGUGAAGGUGGUGAAAUGACGUCGAUCUCCGGUCUGAAGGAACGUCAGGAAAGUACCCUACCUCUAACAUUUGAAGAACGGUUCAGACUGGUCUUGUAUUCGUUUCUGGAACAGCCGAACCCUUUGCCCUCAAAGGUCGGCCGAAAUGCGACUUCGAAUGCUAGCGCACCGACUGCUAGCCGACAGAAGAAACAGAAGAUUGACUUGGGUCCUUUGCUUGGAUUGCGGCGCGAUUGGUGGCUGCAUUCGACCGUUCAGCCCGUCCAGACUGACCCUUCGCGGACAGCUAAACCGGCAGCCAAGAAGCAGAAACGACCCCGCAGUCGAAGCGUCUUCAACCGCAAGCCUUCAGUCCACAAGAUCCGUCGGGUAAGCGAUGUCGGGGAGCUGCGGCAACCAGGUCCGACUGUGCCGAAUCCAGUCGUCCAGAAGGAAGUCACAUUGCCGGAGGUCGAGCCUAGCCAGGAUUCAACUGCCCAUCCACCGCCUUCAGCCCAGACUCAGCAGCAGAUGCCGGAGCCCGAAAAACAGUCCAGUAUUCAGAGUCAACCGAACCAACGCCCACUUUCUCAUCCAUCGCCAUCCGCUGUACUACCCGGCGCCCAGCAGACCAAUCUAAGUAGUGAUGCACGUGUCGACCCGUCAUCCAUCGUCUUGCCCGGACCAGAUACAUUGGCCGAUCUACCUGGCCCGUCGAACUUGACCCAUCUGCAACAUCCCAAUGAUGCAGGGUCCAACAAGCGUGCAAGUGAAGACGUUGAUGUAGAGUCGCCAGUGGUACCUCAACUCGCAGAGGUCUCUCCCCCGCAACAGGUCACCGCGGAUAGUGAACGUGUCUCGGAUCCAAGCACGCGAGCAUCCGAAGCUCAUCAGACAAGGAAAGACGACAUUAGUCCGACAGGCGUGGCAAGAAAUCAGCCCGAUCACGCGAUGGAAGUUCAAGUACCGGAACCACGAGAGAGCAGCAUCACCGAAGCGGCUGUCGAUCUUCCGGAGCCGCCAAGACAAGUCGAUGGCCCGCCUGUUCUCCCCGCCGAAGCCUCACCAGCAGAAAUAAAGCCACCCUCGAGUACGCCCGAGGAAGGUGAAGUCCAAGAGGAAGAAGUGUACCCUGAAGCAGUGGUCGAAGAACCGCCGACUCAGGUUUCGCCGCCUGGUCCUAGCCCUGGGUAUCAGUUCCCGAAGCCUCCGUCGCUCGCUUCUCAACCAGAAACCUUUUUUGGAAAGACGGUAGGUGCGGCGCCUGUAUCUGUGUUGCCUUUGGAGGCCAGCCACAUCGAGCAAGACAUCGAUCAACUUCGGAGCGAUGUUGUACCGGCAUCAACUGAACUGCCGGCUCAAGAUCUCGGACCCUCGCCACCCCAAUUGGCCUCGGUCGGACGGGGUGGCGAAGAGAUGACUACGGCUCCAAGAAGCCCCAAGCAAGACUCGCCUGCAAUGGUCGCUCAGCACCUCGAGCCCGAUGGCGUUACUGCAGCGCAACCCGGCCCAAGUCAGCUCGCAACGGACGACCAGAACGAGCUCCCGGUUUCUCGUCUGACGCCGCCGUCGGAUUCCAGUACCGCAUCGAUGGUUCAAGAUUCUAGGCAAACAGUUGAAUCGGUAGCGGAUCUAGCGGCGGACCGGAUGGUAGCUGAUUCUAUUGUCUCUCCAAAAUCUCCGGAGCCGGUUCACGAUGUUGACACCACUCAGAUUCGAAGGAUAGAUGAUGAUGAGGAUCACCCCGAAACCCUUCAAGAAGCAAUCAGGCCGUCACCCGAGCCCAUGGUCCCCAACCAAGCCGUAGAACAAACAAAGGCUGGCUCGCCUACGAGACUUUCUCAGCGAUCUGCCAGUGUGGAUGUUGAAUCGCAUCUUGAAUCUCAAGACGACUCCGCUCUCAGUCAGCCUUCUGAGGGAACGGACGAACACCUACUGGAUUCCGAUGCUUCGACGACAAUCUUGGGCUCGAGCGAUGAGGAAAUGCUGUCUUCGCAUACCCCGCGCUACCUCAACAACCGGAAACGGAUCCGAAGUAAAAAUAUCCUCAAGCCUCCUGUGCGGAUGGCGCCUGUCAAGAAGGCGAGUUCAGCACGACCCGGAGGCGGUCUUCCGGCCGGCAGCGGUAUGACACGCUUGAACAACAAGCCCGAGCUCCGCGGGGUCGAUAAGCUCAAGCCUCCUCUCCCUACUGGCUACCGGAAAGGUAAUCACAGUAACAAGACCAGUAGUCUCUCCGAUCUGGAGUCAGACGACGAGGAGGAGGAGGGCCAAGAUGUCUCCGCCGCCCCAGCGGUCAAGGAGCCGGGCUCUAAGAUGCGCUUGACGAUCAGGUCCUCGUCGCCUUCUGAAAACAACGACGAUGAGGAGGAGGUCGUCGAAAGGACGGCUGGCAAGCUGCAGCGGAGCGAUGGAGUCUCGCCGAUCCCCACGUUGUCGUCAGCUGCUGAUCUUGCUUCAAACUCCUUGGCCAAGGUCAAUGCCUCUGUCAUCGCGCAGAAGGUGGGCCGACUCGACCCGGUCCCUGCUUCAAAGCCAAUCGCAGUCAAUUCGAGCGUCGCCGUUCCUGCGCCGACGCAAGAGACAAAUCCCGCCAUGGCUGUCAUCGAGAAACAAGAAUCCGAAGGCACCCAACCGCCUGUUGAAGGAAGCUCCUCCGUCAUCGAAAGACCAGCUGUGGCCCAGUUAUCCGAUCCGCCACCUCCACAAUGUAGCACCAGUACAUCUGCUCUUGAAGUUAAUCCGCCCUUACCAAGCCCCGCCGAACCAUCUCCUGUCGAGCCAAAAAAGGCAGCCCCAAAGCGGAUCAGCCUGAAGGACUACCGAUCUCGCCAAGUCACCGAACCGGUCGUUAUCGCCCCCCUCGCCAAUCCCCUGAUCCAUUUCACGACCAACCGACCGCCUUUGACGACGGUGGCCGAAGAACCUCAACGGAAGCAGCCCCCGCCACCGAUCCCCAUCUUGCCUCCCUUGCUACCGCCUUCUUCGUCCAGCCAGCCCCUGCUCCCCUUGUCCCCUCGCAAGCUUGAAUUAGUCGCCUCGGUUCUCAAAAAAGAAGAGAAAGCUCGCGCCCAGUCUGCCAACAAUGACGCAAAGAUACCUGACCCUUUGCCCGACUCGCCUUCUCCAACGAGGCCUCCCCCUCAGGAUAUCGCCGAGGACCGCAGCAACAUGGCUGUUGAUGUGGUCAGCCUGAAGAAGUCGGAUAAGCAAACAGCUUUGGAGCCGAACAUACCUCGACUAAACUCAGAAUUGCGGCAGGUCAAGAUUAGCGCUCGAGGUUGUGAAGAGCCUGUCGUUGGCGCCUAUGAAGACGAUAUCGAUGGUGUCGCGAUCGAAUCCAUGUCGACCCCAUCAGAUGGAGAGAUUGACGAGCAAGACCAGCAACGAGAGAGGCUCGGUCGUAAAGAGCAAGUCGAGAUGCAUGGUCAAGAAACACCAGUGAUCACUAGUGAAAAACAGGAUCAAGCGCAGGAAGAGACGAUCAAUGAGGUCGUACAACAGGUUCCCCGUGAAGACUCACAGCCACCAGACGAAGAGCAGAAAAAGAAGACACCCGAUGUGGAAAAGCCACAUGUAGAGGAGCUUGAUGCUCAGGAGUCACAGGAAAAACGGCCCAACGGUUUAUCCACGACCACUGCUUCUGAAGACGUCGAGCCUCCGUCCUUGAGCGAAGCUGAUCGAAGGCCAAUACGAGAUGCAGAGAUUACUCCCCCAGCCUCGAACGAACCCGCGGAUCAGAUGGAGAUUGACGAAGGGCCUAGCUCGAACACCGUCGUUCCAGAUGGCCCGUCACCGCCUCGGCUGUUCAAAGCCACGACUCGUGAAGAUGGGAACAGACCAGACCACAUUCCCCCUCCCAUCAAGACUGAGCGCGCCGGAGCUUCGACGAGCACCGAAACGGCGAUUCGAUCAGCGCAAACCGAAGACAACAGCGAGGAAGAUAUGGACAUUUCGCCUAUCGUCGUCCAACACCCGCCUCCUCCGAAGCCCCGCCUAUCAAUCGCCGAUUAUCGUCGACGCCAAGUAAGAAGACCGUCGCUGUCAGAGGAGCGCCAUCAGUCCCAAUCGAUGUCCCCGGCCGUACCUGAGCUGGAGCUUUCCCGAGUCAAUCCGCAAUCAUCAACGGCAAGCCCCCAGUUAUUCCAGAAAGUCCCGCUCCCCCACGCUCAACCAUGCCAGCAAGAAUCUACAUCGACGCUCCACGUUGCUGCCGACGAGGCCCGAUCCUCGCCCCCGCGCUCGACCAGGCUGAAUCUAUCGCCACUCCCACCUCAGCAGUCUGAUCGCAAGCCAAACGUAGACAACGUCCAACCGGCUGACGAUACUGUGAAUGCUGCAUCUGAAUCGCGUCCCUCAGCUACAACGAUGUACUUCCCUCCGAUAUCGCCUUCGAUCUUGAUGGGCAUGGAGUCUCCUCGCUCACCUGAGUUGGAAUGUUCGCCCUCGCCGCCAGGGUCUCCAUCUGAGGAGACAUCGUCGGGUCGCGGGACUCGUGCCGUUGCUUCUUGCCCCCCUUGCCAAAAGUCGCCAAGUCGGACACCACUCGAGUCGACCCCCGUCACUUCCACCAGCAGUCUUAAGGGUGAUUUGAAGCCUGCUAUCACAGAGCAAUCUGCCCUUCCACGUGUGGCAGUGGACUCAUCCAAGCUCCCCGGCACCGAGACACCGGAUGAUCGGCCACUCGGACAAACGGCCUCGCCUGCACCAGAAUCGCUCACUACUCAGCCGCCUUCUCAGCAACUGUCGGCCUCGAAAUCGGCGUCUACCGCCUCCUCCGGCCCGGCCAAUAUUGCUCAAUAUAAUCGUCCUGAUCCUCCCAAACCUUCCCCUUCAGUCCAUGUCGCAUCGCUUCCUGUCCCCGUCGCUUCGUAUCUCCCGGCCCAUCAACAUCGAAAACCUCCUCCGAUUCCAAGUGGUGGGGGCUCGCAGCCCACCCCGAUCGACUCGAAUACGCACAAGUCUCGGGUCCAAACUCCUACAGAUCCUACCUUUCCUGGCCCUCGCGGAGAUCACCCAGCUGCACAUCUUCCCCCCUCAAGAUCGACCAUGCCGGCCCUGUCUAGUCAACGCAGCCCAAAGAUCCCCCUGUCCCCUCUGGCUUACAAGCCAAGUAUCUCGCCCGCCUCCUCUGCCCCCUCAGGUCUGUCUGAAUCUCGAGCCAAUCCCCGAGGCCCGUCGAAUAUCUCGUCUGGAUCAAGUCGCGACCCUCCGAGCAGAACGCUUCGAGUGCCAUCGAAUUCCAAUUCAUCGCGCGCCUCCUGGCCUCCGGAGUCUGCAGGCCCCGGCCACAACGACCACCCACACCACUCUAGCCAAGGUCCCUCAGGCGGCGUGCAUGCGCCAAGUACGACCAGCAAGUCCUUCUCGGACUUGCCCCCAAACCCCGGCUUGCCUCCGCACCCGACCCACCAUGCCGGCGCACCGCCCCGAAACCCGCCCUACCAUUACCCUCCCCAUCGCGGGGGCCCCGGCUUCCCGCCCAUGCGCCACUUCUCCGGCCAUCGCGCUAUCACUACUCCUAUCUUGGGCACCUCCGGCCCCGGCCCCCCUGGCUCAUUUCGUCAGUCCCAGCAGAGCGGUAACGAAGGCAGCGAGCGGGCGAGAUACGAUGGUAUGCUCCGCAGCCCGCUCCCCAGCCAUCAUUCGUCGUCGUAUGCCCCCCGCGGGGGCAGGGCCAAGGUCCGAGGAGGCGCGGGCCCCUCGUCGUCGUCGUCGUCGUACUGGCCCGUCGACAGCAACGGCCCCGGCGGCGGCGGCAACAGUAAUAGCAGCAGUGGCGGCGGAAGCAGUGGCGCGGGACGCGCGUUCGGGGGGCCGAGCCGCGGCGACCGGUGA